UAUUUGAACCAGAGGCCACAGGAAAGUACUGAAGAACAUCUGAACAUUUCGACAAAAGAUGGAACGAUGGCUGACUUUGCUUCUGCUGUUUCCAGUUCUGUUUUUUAGCACCGUGACAUCUGCCAAGGGAUGUCGCAGACCUCAGCUGAAUGCCAACAUCAAUGUGGCUGUGGACCAGAUGUUCUUUGACCCUGGUGUGGAGUUAGCGCUGUCCUGCAAAGACGGAUACACCCCCAUCUCAGGCCCUCGCACAAUUGUUUGCACUACCAGUGGAGCGUGGACAGCCACUAAAUUUCUGUGCAAGCCAAAGCUGUGUCCUUAUCCUGAUUCCCCACCUAAUGGAGACUUAUACUACGAGGAUACUGUCUACCAGAGUACGAUCAACUAUACUUGUCAGGAAGGGUAUAUACUGUCUGGAUCCAGCACCUCUGUCUGCCAAGCCAAUGGAACAUGGAGCUCACCUGUACCAGAAUGCAUAGCUAUGACCUGUGGUCUUCCUCCGAUCCCAGAGUUUGGGAUGAUUGUUUACAACACCAGGGUUAGAGGGAGCACCACUGAUUACGGCAUCACGGGGACUUACAAAUGCCUGCCUCCAUACGCACUUUUCGGUGAUGCAACGGCAGAGUGCACGACCAGUGGCACCUGGACCAAGACACCCGAAUGUCGACGGGUGACUUGCUCUCUACCAGAGAACAUUGAUAGAGGCUACAUGUCAACCAAUGACCAGAGAGACUUUGACUACCUGGAGACCAUCAAAUAUGGCUGCACUGGAGAUUAUAUAGUGGAGGGAAGUCUGCAGAUUGUUUGCCAGCAGGAUGGAACUUGGUCUGAGAAGCCAUCCUGCAAGGCUCCUUGUAAGAUUGGAAUAGAUAAAGGGAGGAUACUUUACAAAGGGAAUAAAAUGUGGAUUGAAGACUUUAAACCCAACAAAGUCUUCCACAAAGAUAUUGUCUCUGUCUGGUGCAUGAACAACGCCAGGAAAUGUGGAUAUUCUGUGUCAACGCAGUGCAUCGAUGGAAGGCUCAUGAUCCCUGAAUGCUAUGAAGAGCCCAGUGGUAUAAAUUAUAAUCUCAAUUCAGGUUCACUUCCAUCAGAAAUUCAACAAUGCUGAAGAAAAUGCAGAUGCCAACUGAGGUGAUGCAAUAUGGAGCACAUGUUAACGCAUUCUGGUCGCUGAAAUUAAAGAAUGUGGUUUCACUGAAGCUACAUUUACGUUGUAAAAAAUGCAGUUCAAUUUGUAGUAGUUUUAUAAUUCAUUUAUGAAAGGAAUUUAAAUUUACUGUGUUCAGGAUUGAAACACGAUGUGUGGAUAUUACUUUCCAUUAAAGGCCAGGAGACAAGU